AUGUCGACAUUUCCCACGGGGGGUAUUCCCCCGAAUUUGAUCGUCAUAUUCUUCCUGUCUCUGCUUUUCCUUGUUCUGAAAACAUUGACUACACUGAAAACAUCAAACAAUCCCAAAGGAUGUCGCCGCCUGGGACUUCCGCCAGGCCAAAGCAACCUGGACGAUGAGUUUGACUCAAAGUACAGUAGUCAGGGUGUACCAAGCGAUCAAGACGAUCAUGGCCGCCCAUCCUGGCGGGUAAAAGCACUAUUCAGUUACCCGCUCAAAUCCUGUGGUGCGGUCGAGCUGCAAGUGUCGAACGUCGUACCAACCGGGCUUGAGUUCGAUAGACAAUUCGUCUUUGCAGAGUACAGCAACGAUGAAUGGAAUAUUCGCACCCUGCGUAAUCCAGGCUUCAAUCGCCUAGCCUUGAUUCAUCCCGAGAUCUGGAUUCCUGACCCAUCUGCCCCGGAUUAUGACGCAGACCUACCAGAAGUCAAGUCGCAGGGUGUGAUGCUGAUAUCGUAUCCACGGAUGCUGCCAGCAGGAUGGAAGAGUCUACCCAUCAAGGUCGGCAUAGCACUCAGGUUCCUCAAAAGCCAGCAGACCUUCCAAGUCCCGCUGCUUCCACCCGCGGACUCCAAGUUCCCAAUGGUAUCAGUCAAGAUAUGGAAAGACAAAGUUCUAGCCCAUGACUACGGCAGACUGCUUCCAGCAUCACUACACGCAUAUUUAGGGUCCGACCCAUCAAGAAACACCCUGACUCUCCUCCGCGCCAGUGCACCCCAUUCGCGGCAGAUCUUCCGUAACGCACCACGCAAAGCAGACCUAGGCUUCCAGCCAAACACAGCCUUUGCAGACGCGUAUCCAAUUCAUCUGCUCAGCAUCUCCAGUCACCGGGACGUAGCAGCGCGCUGCGCCUAUGCAAUCCCCCGACUGAGUAUCCGCCGCUUCCGCGCGAACAUCAUCGUCCAAGGCCCGUCUGCUUUUGAGGAAGAUCACUGGAAGCGGCUUGCUAUUGGUGGCACGGAGAUCCACGCUUCUUGUCGCACUGUUCGGUGCCGACUGCCUAAUGUUGAUCCUCUUUCUGGGGAUAGACAUAAGGCUGAGCCAGAUCGGACGUUGAAAUCGUAUCGCCGGAUUGAUGAUGGGGAUCGAACUAAUGCGUGCUUGGGAAUGCAGCUUGUUCCUGCGAAGGAGGAGUUUGUUCUGAGGGUUGGGGAUUCUGUUGAGGUGCUUGAGACCGGGGAGCACCAGUAUAUUAAGAUGUUGGCUCCUGGGGAGAAAGUCGAGGGGGUGUAG